AUGGGACGUUCGAUUAAGACUGCUGUCACGAGGGACACAUUUGUGUACUACCAUGCAUGUUUGACACAGAUUUUCUUUUAUUACUGUGCCAUAACAUUAGAGUCAUUUUCCCUCACUGUACUUGCCUAUGACAGGUUAAUUGCGAUAUGUUUCCCCCUCAGGCAUAGUUCUAUCAACACCCCCACAAGAAUGUUCUGCAUUUUAGUGAUUGUUUGGUUAGCCGUGUUUAAAAUGAAAAAUAUGGAGAGCCGGUACAAAGCACUUUCAACGUGCACAGAACAUCUUAUUGUUGUGGCGAUUUUCUAUGUGCCAACCAUAACUCUGUACAUCACUGAACUUUUCUUAAUCCACAUUGAUAUGCAGAUCAGAAUGGGUCCAGAGGAAAGGCGGAGGUCCUGA